UGUCCUGUUGGACUGAGCAAAAUUGUCAGUAUCUAAUUUACCCUACCAACAAAGUAAAAGAAUUUUGAACAGUGAAAGCGCCAAAAAACCAGUGGCAAUGAUUCGAACCUCGAUCGUAGCCGUUGCAAUCAUUGCAGCCCUGAUUCCAUCAAUCAGUGGCCAUGGAAUGACGAUGGAUCCGGUCGCUCGUGGAUCCCGCUGGCGCUGCCAAUCAUCUGCUCCCACAAACUGGGACGAUACUGAACUGUGGUGUGGCGGCAUGUUCGUGCAGAUCCAAAACGGUGGCAGGUGCGGCAUGUGUGGAGACAACUGGGCUCAUCCAGAACCACGGCGACAUGAACUGGGUGGCCAGUUUGGACAGGGUGAGAUCGUGAAGAACUACACCAGUGGAUCGGUAAUAGAUGUUGGUGUGAGGGUUACCGUUAACCAUUUGGGCUUCUUUGUGUUCAACCUUUGCUGUUUGGACCACUUCGGCAGAGAAACCGACGCAUGUUUCAACGAGCAUCCUCUGCUGGAUUCUCAGGGAAGACGCCAAUGGUUCCUGAAUUCCACCGAGUCCCGCAUGUACAAUGUCAAUCUUCAGCUUCCUCGAAACCUGGUGUGCUCACAUGCCGUUCUACAGUGGACUUAUACUGCCGGUAACAACUGGGGUAUCUGUCCAGAUGGAUCCGGAGCACUUGGCUGUGGCCCUCAGGAGCAUUUCCGCACCUGUUCCGACAUUGGCAUCUUCAACGCUGGCGAUGAUCGAUUGGCCAAUUCCUUCGAGUACUGCGUGAACCCACGAUCCUUCGAUGACGAUAUCCCCGAAGAAGAUAUGAUUCACGUGAUUUAAAUAUUGUGAUUGGUUAUAGAGAAGUGAGAGGGAAAAAUAUGAUAUAGCAGUGGCACUACAAAAAAAACUAAUUUCUGUGUUCCAAACAUUAUUGAACAAAUGUCAACGAAUAUGAAUUUUGUAAUACAACCGUAGCUUAAAUUUUA